GAAGAAUAAAUAAGGGAUAGAUGUUUAGGGUAAGUAAAUUUCUUUUUCCUAAGCCUGGCUGCGAGGAGAUUACUCGUACGGCACGACGCAUUCAGUUGAAACCACAAGAGUAUUAUGCUCAACAUCGAAUGCAAGUGUGGCAAAUGAGGUUUAAGGAAAUGGGACCCCUUUACUCUAAAGUCUGGGUGGCACUUGGUGGAAAAAUGAGACGCCGACGCAUCGGGCGCCAAAUUGAUAUCAAAGAUCUACGUUACUAUUGGCGUCCUAUAGAACCUCAGUAUCAGCGUUUGUAUAUGUCGAGGCUCCGUCAGAAAGGACGCAGCAACAUGAAGCGGUUACCAAUGCGGCUUCGACCUACUAACACUGAGUUGGGCAAGAUCACCUCGUCUAAAGAGUGGGAACGUGCAAGCCAUCGCAAAUAUGGCGCUCUGCAAGCACCUCCAAGAAAGUUAGACUUCGAAUUUCGCGUCUUCUAGUCUUUUUGCAGCACUUUUUAUAUGCGUGAAUAAUGGUUUAGUCGUCUUUGUAGCGGUUCUGAGAAAUAUUGCGAGACCCGAAAGUUAUAGCGCUGUGAUGCAAGUAAAUAUGGCACAGAACGUAAUGAUAAUAUUAAAAGUUUCUGCCCCUACACACCAUCUACAGGAUGAUACAGUUUCAGCCUUUAGGCCAUCACUAAUUCAUUCAUUCACAAGUGGUUCAUGUGCGCAUAAUCAACGAUAUUCAUGAUUAUCUACCAAACAUCGAAUUAUCAUAAAUUUCAAAGAUAUAUAUUUUUUGGUAAUUGUAUGACAAUUAUUCACCUCACUCUAAAAGACUUCACCAUUUGCAUAUUUCAAAUUGAAUUUUCCAUCGAUGAAGAUAUUUACAAUGAAGCUUGCUAUAUGUCUAGCACCGUA